AUGACAGAAGCUACACCAACCGUUGAUGCGGGCAACGCAUUUAUCGAGGCAGAAAUCGAAGGUUCGAGUGAGGGAGAUCUCACCUAUGAGAUAGGCCACAUAUUCAAGCGGCUAUUUGCUAGAGACGGAGGUAUCAGUCCUCAUGAUGCGGCGCAACAAAUCGAUGCCGUUUAUUCAGACAUUUGGUUCCCUUUGGAUCCCACAUUCCGCUUCCGGCCCGAUAAAGGCAUGCCGAUGUUCUUGCUGACCAUAAACGAAUUUAUCUUUCCGCUCGCGAGAAUACUUCGUUAUGAUGACAUGCGACAAGGUACGCUGGUUCAGCUGAUCUUUGAAAUCCUUGCACUACCGCCUCGCGCAGCUCAGAUCUGGGGUGAGGACUGCACGCUCUAUAAACACAACCCCCUGUUCAAUAGCGAAAUGGAUGAAGAGUGGAACAUAAACUCACCCCCCGAUGUACUGAGUGAUGAAGACGAUUCUGCUUCUGCAUCGGAUUUACAGGAGAAAUGCGAUGAUUACCUGAAUUAUUCUGCAUUCCUUGCGCGCUGUACCGGUGGCGGUCUAUUUGAGAACGACAAAAAUGAUUCAGGGUAUAAAUACUGCACAUAUGGCAUCGCUGAUGGGGUGGAGAAAGAUCCGCCACACGGUAUCGUACGAAAAUCGCGGAUACUAGUUGCUGCCAUUUAUAUCUUUUUCUCCGGCCAGGUUGUUAGGGACUACUGUCACAGUUAUCCAUCAGACAGUGAUAGGGGGAGAAGAGCACGGGAGAUGUGGAAUGUGUGGAAAGAAAAGUUUGAAGCAAUCGCUGAUGGACAGAAUGAGGACCCCGAUAUCAAAGAUGCGGCCAAGAAAGCUCACGCUGUGAUGGUAGAGCUGGACACAUCAGACCAUUAUGCCCCUGAGAACACACAUUUAUGA